AUGAAGCUGCUAUCGACAGCCAAGUUUCUUAUUGCUCUUCUGAGCUCUGCAAAUGCGCUUAUCCCUCUGGAAAUCAAGGGCAACAGAUUCAUCAAACCUGCCGUUGAUGCUAAAGAGGCUGGCGAAGUGUUUUUUAUCAUGGGAGUUGACUACCAACCAGGUGGAUCCUCCGACUACUCCUCCAGUUCUAAUUCUGACGUUUUGAGCGACGCUGAUGCGUGCUACCGUGAUGCGUAUGUGCUGCAAGAGCUUGGAGCCAACACCGUCAGAAUCUACACUGUAAACCCUGACGUGAACCAUGACAAAUGUAUGUCCAUUCUGAACGAUGCCGGAAUCUAUGUGAUGCUGGAUGUCAAUUCCCCUCUAGGGGGCGAAAGCUUGAACAGGGCUGAUCCGGCCUCCACGUACAACUCGUACUAUUUGAGCCGUGUGUUCAAGGUGAUUGAGGCCUUCAAGAAUUACCCCAACGUAAUUGGUUUCUUCUCCGGAAACGAGAUCAUCAACGAUGAUGCUUCAGCCAAAGAAGACCCAAGGUACAUUCGUGCUCUACAGAGAGAUAUGAAGCAGUACAUCGCUGCCCAUGCCGACAGGUCUAUUCCCGUUGGCUACUCUGCCGCCAACGAACUUGACUACAGAGGAGCCACCUGGCAAUACUUGCAGUGUAACAUUGACGGAGAUGAGGACGAUGAGUCCAAGUCGGACUUCUUUGGAUUGAAUACCUAUGAAUGGUGUUCUGGUCAAUCUGACUGGGCAUCGUCUGGAUACGGUACUUUGAACAACACCUUCCAAGAUAGUGCGAUCCCAUUGCUGUUUUCGGAAUACGGAUGUAUUGCAGUAACUCCUAGAACAUUUGACGAAGUUACUGAAGGUCUUUACAGUGGUCUGAUCAACACUUUCUCGGGUGGGUUGGUUUAUGAGUAUUCCAAGGAAAGCAACAACUACGGUUUGGUGGACAUUGAUAGCGAUGGAGAUCUCCAAUUUUACACAGACUACGACAACUUGAAGUCUCAGUUCGAAGACGUGAGUCUUCCAAGUAUUUCUGAGGACGAUGUUGCCGAUGCUGAAAUUAUCAAGUGUAAUGCCAAAACAGUGAAGUCUUACUUUUCCAGUUUUGGAGCCAACUUCACUCUUCCUGACCAGCCAUCUGAGAUCAAAGACCUGAUCAAGAACGGAGUCAAUGCUACCAAUGUUGGCAAAUUGGUAGAUGUAAGCGAGAAAUACGGAGGGUAUGAGAUCGAGCUCGCAAGUGGGGGUGACGUUGCUACAGAAUCUGCCAUCGCCACGUUCUCUGGAUAUAACACAUACAACUCUCAGACAGGAGUGACCCUUUCUGGAACCAAGGCCUCUUCCAGUGCCGCCAAGUCUACGGCAACUACGAGCUCAAGCUCAAGCUCUUCCAGCUCUAAGGCUGAAGGUGCAUCUGCAGGGGGCAGCGCAAAGUCUACCGGUAUCAUGUUUGCGCUGAGUCUGCUUCUGACCUCGUUAUUGUGA